GAAACAUCGUCCUAAAGGACUGCUGACCAAAAAGAUUGCACGGAAAAGAACAGUGAUCAUCGCAAGCAAAUGGCGUCGUCUGAGAACUUCGUAACACUACCUAACGGUGUCCGAAUGCCAAUUUUUGGCUUGGGUACAUCCCACGGUGGAGGAUAUAACCAAGACUCUGUCGUUUUUGCGCUGCGUGAAUGCAACUAUCGGCUGAUUGAUACUGCCCGGCGUUAUGGUUGUGAGCAUCUAAUCGGACAGGCCAUCAAGGAAAGCGGUGUUACGCGGGAAUCUGUUUUUCUAGCUACUAAAAUGUGGCCAACGGAUUACGGAAUGGAAUCAGCAAUUCAGGCGGCAAAAUUGAGCCUCACCAAACUCGACACUGAUUACUUGGAUCUCUACAUGAUGCACUGGCCGCUUUGUCCCAGCUCAGUGAACGACGUCCGGUCCACGUUGGAUGAUGCCUGGCGAGGUAUGGAGCGUCUGCUGGAUAAAGGAACAUGCCGUGCUAUAGGUGUCAGUAACUUCUCAAUAAAAGACCUUACUGAAUUGAUGGAAAAUUGCAGCGUCGUGCCGCACGUAAAUCAAUGCGAGUUCCAUCCGUAUCAGAAUCCGAAAGAACUAAGGACAUUCUGUAGAAAAAAUAAUAUUAUAUUCCAGGGCUAUUGUCCGCUAGCUAACGGGCUGAUAUUGAAAGAAGCUCCAGUGGUCAACGUGGCUCAAUCAACUGGCCGAUCUCCUGCUCAAGUCUUGAUCCGCUGGUCGAUUCAGAAUGAAGUCGUCACUAUACCUAAAUCAAUCAAGAGAGAAAGAAUUAAGGAAAAUUGCCAGGUAUUUGAUUUUCAGUUAAAUCCCACGGAGAUGGCCAUGCUCGACAAUAUACCGACGAGUUUAAGAGCUGUUGAUCCAGCGGAGCUACAAGGAAAGAUAGAUGAUAACAAACCCGAUGGAUACAAACUGCCAGCCCAUCUCCAAUAUGUGCCUUUGUGAAAUCUUCCCCAUUUUUCCCACGCCUUCUACAGUUGGAAACUGUGUGAACAAUUUUGAAUAUUUGUAUUGUGAAAAGUUAUCACGAGAAUCAGAAUCCAGCUUGUCGGUCUACAAAUUU